AUCACGGGCAACGCGCUCACUUGAAGGAAGGCUUGAUUUAGCCUUCGGUUGCGCUCUACUCGCUCGGCCUUCAGUGAGAGCAACAUCUCCCCAUCGAUUCAAGCUAGAAUGCAGACGUCUACGCCUCAAAAUCCUAAAACUAUUACCGAAAAUUUAUCUACUCUCAUCGAUCAGUCGUGCUACGUCGUUCCAACCUUUCAGUUCGAAUGUGGCGCAGAGCUUUGUGAGGUCCCUGUUGCCUACAAAACCUGGGGUACCCUCAACGAGGCGAGGGAUAAUGCUAUGAUUAUCUGCCAUGCCUUUACAGGAAGUGCGGAUGUUGUAGAUUGGUGGGGGCCGUUAAUGGGACCCGGAAAAGCUUUCGAUCCCAGAAGAUUCUUCAUUAUUUGCUGCAAUGUCAUUGGAUCUCCGUAUGGCACUGUAUCACCCAUCACAAUGAACCCCGAUACGGGUAGAACCCAUGGACCAGAUUUCCCUCCGUCGACGAUUCGAGACGAUGUCAGACUUCACAAACUGGUGUUGGAUCAUCUCGGUGUGUCGUCUGUGGCAGUCGCAGUUGGAGGCUCCAUGGGAGGUAUGGCUGUUCUAGAAUGGCCUCUUUGCACACCUUCAGGCUACGUCCGUCACAUAAUACCUCUUGCUACCUCCGCACGACAUUCUGCCUGGUGUAUCAGCUGGGGUGAAGCUCAACGCCAGAGCAUCUACAGCGAUCCAGGAUACGAAGAUGGCUACUACACCUCGCAACCCGCCUCUGGUCUAUCUGCUGCUCGUAUGAGUGCCCUUCUAACCUACCGCUCUCGUGAUUCCUUCGAAAGUCGUUUCGGAAGAAAGGCACAGAUUACGAAAGGAAAGGCCACGCAAAGUUCUCUCUUGACACCUCCCGGAUCUCCGAGAAUACAGGCUGCGAAUGAUGCACGUAAUGCCCAUAACGACGGAUAUCGAAAUGCGUCGAAGCUUAAAUCGCAGCUUUUCUCGUUAUCGCUGCCACCGGAUACUGAAGAGGUGCAAGCACCACCAUACCACACUCCUCCCAGUACGACCAUCUUCUCCGCUCAAUCUUAUUUACGCUAUCAAGGCGAAAAAUUCAUCAACAGAUUCGACGCCAACUGUUACAUCCACAUCACACGCAAAAUGGACACACACGACGUUUCUCGCGAUCGCCGCCUUGUCUCUCUCGUUGAUGGUAUCGAGAUGGAAGAAAACGAGUCUGAGGCGGUCGCCAGGGUGCUUUCCACAUUGCCUCCUCGUGCCUUGGUCAUUGGUAUCGCUACAGACGGCCUUUUUACUCCAUCGGAGCAGAAGGAAAUUGCGGCACAUAUUCCUGAUGCGGAGCUCGUGAUUAUACAAUCGCCAGAUGGACACGACGGGUUUUUGCUUGAGUUUGAGCAAAUAAAUACUCAUAUUCUGCGGGUUUUGCGCCGCGAGUUCGAAGAGUUUUACAAACUAUCCAUUGAUAGUGAUGAACCUGUUGAAGGCUUUGCCAUUAAGCAAACUAGCUUAUUUGGAGAGGCUGAAGCCGACAUAGCUCAUUGGUAG